AUGGAUUCAAGGAUGAUAGAGGCUGCACAAACAGGAAAUAUUAACGUUAUGUAUGAACUAAUUCAGGAAGAUCCAUACGUUUUAGAGCAUAUUGAUCAGGUUCCUUUUGUUGAUACCCCAUUGCAUGUAGCAGCCUGUGCUGGGCAAGUUGAUUUUGUGAUGGAGAUGAUGAUCUUAAAGCCAUCAUUUGCAAGAAAGCUUAACAAAGGUGGGUUUACCCCCAUGCACUUAGCUUUGCAAAAUGAAAAAAUACAAGUAGUGCUUCAACUCCUGAAGGUUGAUAAAGGCCUCGUUCGUGUCAAAGGGAGGGAGGGACUGACUCCUUUGCAUCAUUUAGCUCGAACUGGAAACCUUGAUCUUUUGAUAAAGUUUCUUGAUGUCUGUCCCGAGGCUAUUGAAGAUGUGACUGUUCGAGAUGAAACUGCUCUCCAUCUUAUGGUUAAAAACGACAUGUUUGAAGCUUUUGAAGUCUUGGUGGGGUGGCUUCUGAGGAGCCGCCAUGCAGCUUCCCAACGUUGGGAAGAGGAACUACUGAGUUGGGGGGACACUAAAGGCAACACUGUUAUGCACAUUGCAGUUAUCAGAAAUAGACCCCAGGUGGCAAAAAUAGUGGUGGAAAAUUUUCAUCAUGACUAUAUCAAUGCCAAAAAUUUGGACGGCUUAACUCCUGUAGAUAUCUUGUUCUUAGAAGGGGAUCAAAGGCAAGCCGAUUCAGAGAUUUUUAACAUGCUAAGUAAUGCUGGAGGUUUGCGUGGUUCCUUUCUUCCCGAAGAUCCCAACUCUUCAAUUGCUUCGUUCAAAUCAAAGAUGUCAUGUUUACAAAAACUCGCAACAGCUGCUUCUCGAGGAAAAAAGGAUAUCCCAAUUGAAAUGCGCAACACAUUUUUAGUAGUUACUGUGCUAAUUAUAACUGCCACUUUCGAUGCCUCUUUAAAUCCUCCAAGUAAGAAAGAUAAUUCACAUGGAUCUGAAUCCUUAUCAAUUAAGACGGUUGUUUUUUAUGAACUUUUAAGUGGAAGAACUGUUGAUCUGAUGGCUUGGCUGUACAACACUGUAAUCUUUUGGGCUGCCAUUGGUUUAACAGCAUAUCUCCUCCCAAGUCGUACAAUCUGUUUGCUUCUUCUCAUGACACUUUCUCUUUUUGGCUCCUGCUAUACGCUUUUAUCGGCUUCCGUAUUCUCCCAACUGCUCCAUGCUGGCGAAACUACUAAACGGUCGGAGAUUUGGUACUAUGUUUUCCGCAUUUUGAGUUACUGCUUCUCGUCGUUAAUUUCUGUCCUAGUGGCCUACCGGAUUGCCCAUUAUGUUUUUCAAAGACUUGGGCUAGGUAAAAAUUUGCAAGGAAUUAAAGAACCUCCGACAAUAAUAGACAAUAGUGACAGGGUAAGCCUAGGCUAUGAGAUGACAGAGUGGAAAGUCAAAAGAAGGCCAUCAAGAAAGACAGCAAGAUUGAUGUUUAUCCCACACUUGUAUGAAACCUUUAGACUUGGAGGAUCCAUUUACCCAUAUACAAGAAAAAGUGUGGAAGAUGAUUUUGCCCAGUUAACCAUUAAUGUUGUUGAAAAUGAAGUAGGGAUUAAUCAAGAGGAGUGGGUUCAUCUUUGUCCACCAGAUUUUGAGCUCAAUAAUUAG